UAAUAAAAUUUAAUCUUCUAUAUCAAGAAUUUUAGAAAGAUAUAAUUGAGGUCAUGACUUCUAAUGAAAAAGAUGCUGAAAGCAAAAAUGAUGAGGUGGCUGGUGAGGCGUCGGAAGAUUCGGAAGAAAAUGAUCGUCUUGCAUUAACUGAUUACAUUACUAAUUUAGAAAUUAGAAUUAAAAAUAAAUCUGAUAUGAGAAAUCAGAAUCUUAACUGCGUUAGACCGCCUGAUAAUUACUUUUCAAAAUUGGAUUCUGGUCUUAAAAAAAACACUACCUUUGUGAAAAAACUCAAAUCAUUCAGUGCUACUCAAUUGGAUGCUUUGAUGAAGGAUUUCAAUGCUCUUAACCUCACUAAAUACAUAUCCGAAGUAGCAGCUGCCCUUGCAGAGGCUAAAUUAAAAAUGUCUGACAUAGCAGCUGCAAUUAAUUUAUGUUCAUCACUUCACCGCACAUAUGCAGAAUUCUCAUCAUUCUUUUUUGAGAACUGGCAAAAAAUUUUGACAUUCAAAGCCACUGAUAAAAUAGCAAACUCGUCAAAAUUACGAGUUGAUUUAAGAUUUUACGCUGAAUUGGUUGCUGUUGGAAUUUUUACUAAUAAGAUGGGUUUGCCAUUAUUGGGCAAUGUAUUGACUGUUCUUAUCAACAUGGAUAAAGAAGAGCACAAUAACAUACCAAUAUUGCUAUCAUUUUGUAAGCAUUGUGGUGAGGAUUAUGCAGGGUUAAUCCCAAAGAAAAUAAAGGAUGCAGCUGAGAAAUAUAAUGUCACUGUUCCUAGAAAUACUUUUCUUCCUGCGGAAAAGCAGACGGCUGUACGCACUCUUUUAAAGGAUUAUUUUGCAUCUCUGAUAAAGCAUCUUCUAGCAGAGAGAGCACAAUUGCAGGCACUUCACGCUGCCAAUCAACGGACCUUGCAUACAAGAGGUGAACUAUCUCAGGAAAGAAAAGAUCAGUUGGAACAACAUCAGGCUACAUAUGAUAAACUCUUAACAGGAGCCCAGAACUUUGCUGAAGUUUUGGGUGAGGAACUUGGUGAAGCUGGUGAGCCCCCAACACUGACACUUAAUGUUAUUGAGACUCAAGGCACUGUGACUAUUGGUGGGAAUGAAGAAUAUACUAUGCAAGCCGCCACUGACCCUUGGCAAGAUGAAGAUACAAGAACAUUUUACACAAGCUUGCCAGAUUUGAAAGUUUUCAUGCCUAACUAUCAGUUAAAAGAAGCCGUUAAAAAUAAAACAGAGACGGUGACUGAAGAAAUGUUGGAUGAAGAUCUAAAAGAAGAUGAGCUUAGUGAUAAUGAAGAAUUGCCUUCUGUUCCUGAUGUGGAACAAGAGGAAGCACAACCAACUAAUAUAUCCAAUAAGUAUGCACUUGAUGCGUUUCUAAAUGAACUGCCUAAUUGCAUUAAUCGAGAGUUGAUUGACAAUGCUGCAGUAGAUUUUGUCCUGAAUCUCAAUACCAAAAACAACAGAAAGAAGCUUACUAGAGUCUUAUUCAGUGUUGCAAGAACAAGAUUGGAUUUACUUCCAUUCUAUUCAAGAUUCGCUGCAAUACUGUAUCCUGUAUUGCCCGAUGUUUGUGUAGAUCUCUGUCAAAUGUUAAAGCAAGAUUUCAAAUAUCAUGUCAGAAAAAAGGACCAAAUCAAUAUUGAAUCUAAGAUAAAAGUUGUCCGUUUUAUUGGAGAACUAGUGAAGUUCAGUCUUUACUCUAAAAUGGAAGCUCUAUAUUGCCUAAAAGUACUGCUUCACGACUUCAAACAUCAUCACAUAGAAAUGGCCUGUAACCUUCUUGAAACCUGUGGCAGAUACUUAUAUUGUAACCCAGAUACUCAUCAAAGAACUAUGAUUUAUUUACAACAGAUGAUGAGAAAAAAGACUGUUUCAGCCUUAGAUUCUCGAUAUGUGACACAAAUCGAAAAUGCAUUCUAUUACGUUUGCCCGCCGGAGGCGCCUGCGCAACCCAAGGAAGAAGAACCGCCAAUGCAUCAGUUCAUUAGAAAGAUUCUUCAUGAAGACCUGCAGAAAAGCAAUGAGGAAAAAAUUCUCAGGUUAAUGAGAAAACUGAAUUGGGAAGAUCCAGAAAUAUCUGCUGUUGCUAUACAGCAUUUAGCUGGAGGGUGGAGAGUCAGAGCUAGUGCGAGAAGGGCUUUAGCGCGUUUAACAGCUGAAUUAUCAGCUUGGCAGGAAGCAGUUGCUCCAGCAGUAGUAGAUACGAUAAUGGAAGAAAUUCGUAUAACUAUGGAAGAUCCACACCCCAGAUAUAAUCAGAGAAGAAUUGCAACUGUGAGAUACCUUGGAGAGUUAUAUAACUAUAAGCUUUUAGAUUCUCGAGAUGUGUUCACUGUUCUUUAUUCAUUCAUUACCUUUGGUGUAACCAAUGAUCACACCAACAUAUCACCACUAGAUCCCCCAGACAAUGUGUUCAGAAUUAGACUUGUUUGUGCAUUGCUUGAAACAUGUGGUGCAUAUUUCAACAGCGGUUCAAGUAAAAAGAGACUUGAUUAUUUCAUUGUGUUCUUCCAAAACUACUAUUGGUUUAAGCAUUCUGACCCGUAUUGGACGGAUGAUAAUAAAUUUCCGAUUUAUGUCAAAUAUAUUUAUCAAGAGUGUUUAACAAGCUUAAGACCAAAGUUGACUUUGUUCACAAGUUGGCAACAAUGCAAAGAUGCAAUCGAGGAGUUGCGCCUAACUUUGUACCCUGAGUUAGGGGAUGAAGAACAGUACGACAAUGAUGAUCAAGCUGAAGAUAGCACUGCGGAUGGUCUGGACACAAUUGUAGAAACUGAUGACGAGACAGAUAAUAAUCCACCUAUACCAGAAGAGAGUUCUGAUGAAGAUCCCUUGACGGAAAAUGCGGUCAAUGAUGACGGUGAAAUGCCGAACGUCGAUAUCAAUAUAGAAUCUACUAGAAGACCAGCUCCAAAACCAGUUGAAGAUGUCGAAUUUGAGUCUGCAUUUGAAAAGAUGGUUAUGGAAAAUAUUGCUGAAAGGCAAAGGGAAAAUAGACCACAACAAAGAGACAUUGCCGUGCCAAUGACAUGUCGUCAAACAACGAAGAAAACAUAUGAACAGUUACUGCAAGGAAAAGAAGGUGUUGAGUUUGUACUUAUGGUCAGAAAAGGUACAAAACCUCAAUAUAAAUCGUUUAACGCUCCACCAGAACUUGCUAGCAAUUUACAACAGCAAGCAUUAGCCGAUAAGCAGGAAAUGGAAAGGGUGAAACGUUUAACAUUGAAUAUAUCUGAGAGACAAGAAGAAGAAGAAUAUAGCGCAGAAAGUGGCGGUGGAUCUGAAAGAAGUGGCAACCCUAAUAGAGGACAGCAUAUGCGACAAAAAUAUCAGCACCCUAAAGGAGCCCCUGACGCCGAUCUUAUAUUUGGGCCGAAAAAAUUUAAAUAAUAUUUGUUAAGUGAUUUUUUUAUCAAUACCAAUAAACUGCCCAAACUUUGUUAAAAAUGUAAUUAAAUAUAACAUGUAUAGCGAUAAAAAUUAAUAAUUCGGA